UCAAGUCAGCCCUGUUAGGUGAUAUUUCUCUCUGUUGGAUUUAGGGACAGGACUUCCAUGUUUUGAAUCAUCUUUAAAUGGAGCACAAAGAUGAUGAGGAUGAUGAUGUGUCUUUUGCCAAAUGGAUGAGCAGCUUCUGGGGUCACAGCUGGAGAGAGGAGGAUGACAGAGGACUCCGGGAACACCACCGACCACAAGAUGCCAGCUACAGGAAAACCUCCCUGCCCUGCCCAUUUCCUAUGCUUCCCAGAAUGACAUCAUGUGACCACCAACCUCGAAGGCAUUCUCAUGAGGAUCAGAAAUUCCGAAACUGCACUCACAUGCGGUAUUACAGGAAAUGCUCAGUGGAUGGAUCACUCAAGGAGUCACUGGAAUCAAAAGGAAGUUCUCAUUCCAAAAUUCAGGAGUUUUCAGAGUCCUUUGAACAGCAACUGUGCAUUAAAACCAAACGCUCUGUCUCUUUGGGACCUGAGAGCAGAAAGGAGAGAAAUGAGAAAGAAUGUCUGAGGAUGGAGAUAAGAUCCCGCAAGAAGCUAGAGGACAGAAGGAGCUCAGCCAAGGAAGAACACCAAAAGGCAUCCGUGACCCCCCUGGUUGAAAAAGGGUCCAAGUAGUCCUUUAUUUCUACAUCACCAUGACAGAUGCCACUGGUUGUUUUGAGCCCAGUUUACCAUUUCAGGAGGGCAGGAUGGCAGCCGUAAAAGGGCAUCCCAGAUGCUGAGUGACAGAGGUGGGCGGUUGGAACGGGGGCUCCUCAAGACGACUUGCGUCACCCUCCAACUGCUUGUGGCAUCUUACUCAAGUGUAAUCUGCUUUCUUGCCUUUUCAUGGGAAUAAAAGAAUAAAAGGUAUUUUAAUAGAAUAAAGUAAUUUCUGAAAAUGCAAAAGAAGAUUUUAACAAGCUACCCACACACCUUCACCAACUCUUCUUCCAUGACAACCUUGCAAUUCAUCUUAAAUAAAAGU